AUGGCAACAGUCGUCUCCGACCAACGUGGAUCGAGAAGUCAACGCUCUCAGGAGCCCGACAAAUUCGUUGAAGAAAGAAGUGGAAGAAAAAAAUACAACUGUGACGAGUUUGGGAAAGAUUUUACUGUGAAAGCUUCCCUAAAAAUGCAUCAGGUCAUCCACACUGGAGAGAGACCGUUCAGCUGUGACGAGUGUGGAAAGUCUUUUACCCACUCUGGAAGCUUAAAAACACACCAACUCAUCCACACUGGAGAGAGACUGUUCAGCUGUGACGAGUGUGGAAAGUCUUUUACCCACUCUCGAAACUUAAAAACACACCAACUGAUCCACACUGGAGAGAGACCGUUCAGCUGUGACGAGUGUGGAAAGUCUUUUACCCACUCUCGAAACUUGAAAACACACAAACUGAUCCACACUGGAGAGAGACCGUUCAGCUGUGACGAGUGUGGAAAGUCUUUUACCCGCUCUGGAAGCUUAAAAACACAACUCAUCCACACUGGAGAGAGACUGUUCAGCUGUGAGCAGUGUGGAAAGUCUUUUACCCACGCUGGAAGCUUAAAAACACACCAACUGAUCCACACUGGAGAGAGACCGUUCAGCUGUGACGAGUGUGGAAAGUCUUUUACCCACUCUGGAAGCUUAAAAAUACACCAACUCAUCCACACUGGAGAGAGACCGUUCAGCUGUGAUGAGUGUGGAAAGUCU